GGCACUUGUGUGUCCAUGUGCCUCUUGAUCAUUUGUGGAUUCAAGAUAUUUGCCUUGUCAAGCCAAUUCAGGGAUAUAAGUCUGUUGGCAAAGACGCUCCUUCUGGAAGCCUGCCCGACGAACAACUUGAGGCUGAGUGCAGAGAGGUGCUGCAUGUCUCUUAUCUGAUUCCAGGCCAAAGGAGGCUGGCGGCUGGCGGCUGGCGACUGGGCAGGACCGUCGAGAAGCUAGCGGCUGGAAACGAGGGUUCAUUGAAGAUGGCAAACGUUCUGCUAGCUGGUCUCCGCGGAGCAAAGCAGCUGGGGAAGAACUUAGGGUCUGCAUACAGAUCACUUUCAUCAGGAUCGUCUCCAAAAUGGGUCGAGCCCGGCUAUGACUUCGGUCGUAAACGUUUUGGGCCAGAUUACGGGGUUACCACCUCAGUUGGUCAAUACGGAUUGCCCAAGUCUGUGGAUUGGAGAGAUGUUCCUUGGGUUCAAAUCCCAGUGAAAAGUCGUUUGAACAGUGGCUCUUCCUAUAUUCAGGCAUCCCUUAUGAGUAUCGAAAGCCUUGUUUCCAUAACAAGUACAAUUCCCAUCGAAUUGUCUGCCCAGCAUAUCCUUGAUGCGAAUACGAUAACUAAUUUUGGAUGCAAGAGUGGAACUGCACCUAACGUAUUCGAUUUUAUCAUGAGGAAUGGGGGAGUAGUUGCAGAGUAUGCUUAUCCUUAUACUGGGAACAGGGGCAUUUGCCAGAAUAUUCAGGCUGAAGGAGUCACCAUUGAGAGUUGGAUAAACGUCCGUCCAGUGGAAGAAGCUUUAAUGUAUGCAGUGGCCCAUCAGCCAGUUGUUGUCAGAGUCGCUGUGGGGAAAGAGUUUGCUAAUUAUUCAACUGGCACUAUCAAAGUCCCAGAAGACCAUGGAAAGACAAAUCAGUCAAUGCUGCUCAUUGGAUAUAACGAAGCUGACUGGUUAUUACUGAAUUCAAAGGGUAAGCGGUGGGGCAUGGAAGGUGCUUGUUGGAUCCCGAGGAAGUCACCAAAUAUUGAUGGAGCUAUUGGAAUUCUAUCUUCGGCCUGUCUUCCACUGAAUCCAUCUUUUGUGUCUGUCACAACGAGAACAGAAAGUUGCCCGCUGCAUUGGAUUGGCAAGAAAUCUCCUUGAAUGAGUGGUGUCAAGGCACACAAGCACACUUUGCUGAAGCAUGGCUGUGGAUUGCUUGGAACUCUCGUAAUUCGACAUUUUGUUGUAAGUUGGGAGUGUGGUUGGCCUGUGUUGGCACAUUGUGGCAAAAUUGGACCACUGCUAGCAUUUAAUACUUGAUUGCUUGGAGGUCUCAUAAUUCGACAUUUUGUUGUAAGUUGGCAGUCUGGUUGGCCUGUGUUGGCACAUUGUGGCAAAAUUGGACUCUGGUUUGGCCUGUGUUGGCUGAGCUUUUGCUGCUUGGUUAUGUGGAGCAAUGCAUGAUGUGCCUCAUCCUUGGUUGAGGUUGUAAAUAUUCUGGGAGUCGAUCUGUAGCUUGGAUGCUAUAGUGUAAGUUGAGUUCA